AUGAUACUAUUUGUGUUUAUAAAUUGUUGUUCAGUGACAAUAAAAUGUCAAUUCUACGCAUGCCACGACGAUCCUGGGUUCAACCCCGAAGAUGGGAUGCUAACCCAGUUACGGUUCACCUGGCUGGGCGCUUUACAGUACAUACAUGUUAAAACUGGUAAUCCACAUUACUACAGAGUCCCUCGCGUCGUUCUGAUCAGUCGCCAGUUCGUUCUCUGCACUGCCAACGACGCAGCAAAAGUACCUGAUGGUUAUGCACUCGGUAAUGUAGCCUUCAGUGAUUACGAGCGAGACGAAGUAGAAUGCGGGCUCACUCUGGAAGAGAUUGCAGCGGGUAUUGAUUGUGACCCGGCCAUCUUGUUAGUGCCUAUAGCAGAUGUGUUGCUGCAUCCGGAGUACAAACACUUCCACGUUAACCAUAGCGUGGCACUGCUUAAGUUGGUGAUUACCAUCAGGUCUAAAUACAUGUUACCCUUAUGUCUGCCUUUCAAGAACUAUUUGAAAGACGAGGCCACACAGAGCAGUUAUAGGAUUCUUCAUGUUGAUUUCACAUCUGAUGUGCCUAGAGAUUUUGCUGAGGAAGAGAAAGAGGUAUAUACAGUCAAAGUAUUUAACACUGAACUUUGUAAUAAACACGGUUACGCAGAAGCUUUGAUGGACCUUGUCGGAGAACGCCCUAACUCCUCACACGUCAGUCCCACAAGAGUGUUGUGUUCGACGGGUUGUGGGUUCCGUUCCGGAGCACCGACCGUCAUCCACGAGCACACUGGACACUGGUCCAUCGUGGCACUGUCAGCAGGAACCACUCAGUGUCCGGACCCUCUGAGGUCACGCAGUCGUCACAACCCACCACAUCAUAUAGCCCUAUACGACUACGUGAACUGGAUUACAGCUGCAAUUGCUGGCAAAGUUGUCUCAGCUUUUGCACAGGAUGAUCCUUUUGGAUUUGUAAUGCCCCGUACGUCACGCAUAGUGGAACGUGGACAGAGCAAGUGGGUGGGGCACUGGUGGAUGGGUGGCCUCAGAUGUUACGAUAGAGGGGAUGCCGCUACUGACCUCUACAAGUUUUACCACGAGAUCUUUUCAGUGAAGCCUACUACGUCAUUUCGUAUGACGUAUUAUUUGGAGAUCAAUGCUCCGCACACAACUGCGAUAGCGUGUGUUAAGAUUGGUAUGCCGUAUGCUGUCCGCGGCGACCCGAAGAUAUGGGAUCUGAACAGUCCAACUGUGAAGCUUCGAAUCCCGCUGAUACACUUCACGCAAGCCUAUAAAUUCCAUGUCGAAGCAUGGGGUUAUAACGUUACCUCAGUUGAAGAAUCUGACGAGGACGACUAA